GCGGCCCGUGUGAGCGGCGGCAUGAUGCCAUGCAGCGUAAGACCAGUUCUUCUCUCGUCGCUCGCAUGAUCCAUACAUGCGGCCAGUCCUCGCCCUGGCCGCGCUGGUCGCGGCGGGGGCCCUCGCCCCGAAGAAGGCCCCCCAGCUGCGGGACGGCGGCCCGGGGGGGCGCGACGGAUGUGCGGGCGGCGGGUGUGAGGACGCGGAGGCCGAGCUGCACGCCGAGGUAGCCAGCGGGUUCCAGUCGCGCCCGGAGAGGUCCUCGUGGGAGGGCCGCCUGAGGCAGGUCGUGGACGGCGCGAGGCCGCAGAAGCCUUGCAACGCAGACGUCGUGGCUCGGUCGUACGCCCGGGUCGCGGGUUUCGGCUCGCGCAUGAACAGCUUCGCGGACGAGCUCCUGGUGGGGUUCUACCGCGGUCGCUCCUUCGCCCUCUGCAACGGCAGCAGGGACACCUUCGUCCGGGCUGUGUGGGCCACGCACUUCCGGAACGUGGCCCGGUUCCCCACGUGCAACACGGGCAGGGCGGUGUGCAGGCACGACAACGCGUGGUCCCCGCGCCUCUCCCAGGGGCUCGCCCGCGCCGACCGCGCGUACCUGGACGACCUGAAGCACUUCCUGUACCCGUACCUGUUCACCCUGACGCGGGGCGCCCAGGAUUACGAGCGGGUGGACCAGCGCCUGCUCUCGGCCGGGGUCCCCCUGGGCGAGCCCUACCUCGCCGUGCACGUGCGCCGGGGCGACAAGCUGGUCAACGAGGCGCGGAGGGUCGAGGCGGGCACGUACGCCGAGGCGGCCCUCUGGGCCUCGGGCUUCCUCGCCCUGCACAGCUCGUCGUCGCGCCGAGAUCUCCUGCUCCGGGAGCUCCGCGCCGCGAACGCGUCGGCGGUGUACGUCUCCAGCGACGACGGCCGCGCGGCGGCCGAGCUGGGGGCGGAGCUCGGCGGCGGGGUGCGCAUCGUGCAGCAGCCGCGCGGGUCGGGACAGGGCUACGAUUCUCGCGGCUACGAAGGAGGGGGAUGACCUGAUGACCCUACUGGCGGAUAUCGAAGCUAUGCGGAGGGCGACCGUUUUCGUGGGGACCGCCAGCAGCAACAUCGGGCGCUUGGUAUACUACCU